AUGGAAAUCGACUCUCCGCCGGGACAGGAAAAUGCCUACAACCUUCAUCGACUGGAGGUAGCAGAGGAAUUCCACGGGGAGCUUGAUAUUUAUGGACUCGAUGCCCGCCGCAUUGGAGGAAGACUUCGAUUCUGGCUGAUAAAUUAUCAACCGUUUGUAGAAGACAGCAUGGGAGAGAUCAUCGAUGAUGUUAAACACCACACCGUGGAGAUCUUCGACUUGGACGGGGCGUCUGGUACCCUCUUCCUAGUAAGUACCAUAUCGAGCGAGUUCCUACACUCGCCCAACCACUUAGCAGUGCAACCUGAAGGAACUGAUUUAUCGGGAGAGACGACACAGGAAGAUGCGAACCUUGCGCGAUGCCGAACCGAGACAGGCGAAUGUCAUAUUGUCGCAAGCCAGGGAUUCAAUCUUGUCAACAGUGUUGCAAGUGACCAUCAGGGGAAUUUCUAUGUGUCUGGCAUGGGGUGGUUCUUGUCUUGA